CCGUCCCCGUCCCCCGGCUGUGCUCGGCCCCGCGCUGCGCGGGAUGGCCGUGCCGGAGCUGUGAGCCCAGCCCAGCCCGCAGCGGCCCAUGGACGGCAAAACCCCUCCGACCACUGCAUCACCGGGCAGUGUCCCCUCCAGCCUCCAUGCCUCCACGGUCAGCAGCAUCUUCGGCGCCCGACCCCCGCAGCUCCAGGAGAGCGUCCUCGGCAUCAGCUUCAAACCCUACAGCCCCGAGGGCAGCCCGGCCCCCACGCCCUGCACGGCCUGUGAGAGCACACGAUCCUCCAUGUUCAGAGCUCCCUGCAUGAGCCAGCGGCGGCUUGUGCUCAUCUUCUGCGUCUCCGUCCUCAUCGUGCUGCUCAUCGCCCUCAUCCUGCUGUUUAUGUUCUGGCGGUCGCAGACGGGCAUCGUGUACAAGGAGCCGGCCGAGAGCUGCAAGGACAGCGCCGUGCGCUGCGACGGCAUCGUCGACUGCUCCCAGCGCAGCGACGAGCUGGGCUGUGUGCGCUUCACAUCCGAGGAGUCCUUGCUCCACGUCUACUCCAGCACCGAGAGCCAGUGGCUGCCAGUGUGCAGCAGCGCCUGGGACGAGUCCUUCUCCAGGAAGACCUGCCGGCAGCUGGGGUUUCAGAAUGCAUCUCAGACCGAAUACAUCCCCCUGCGCGUCUCUGGCAAGAGCCUCACGGUGACUGAUGAGCGAGAGACCAUCCAGCAGAGCCUCAACAGCUCACAGUGUCUCACGGGAAAGUACGUCUCCCUCCGAUGCACAACCUGUGGGCAGAGGAUUUCUGGCCGGAUCAUCGGGGGAAAGGAGACCUCUGUGAACAAGUGGCCGUGGCAGGUCAGCGUGCAGUACGGGCCCAUCCACAUCUGCGGCGGCACCAUCAUCGACGCGCAGUGGGUGCUCACGGCAGCCCACUGCUUCUUCAUGAACAGCAUGAAGAUCCUGGACGACUGGAAGGUGUACGGGGGGGUGUCGGACCUGAAGCAGCCCAUGGAGGGCAUCCCUGUGUCCCAGGUCAUCAUCAACUCCAACUACAGCGACGACCACGACGACUACGACAUCGCCCUCAUGAAGCUCUCCAGGCCACUGACACUCUCAGCCCAUGUUCGCCCAGCCUGCCUCCCCACGUAUGGCCAGCGAUUCCAGACCGGCAGGUCCUGCUUCAUCACGGGCUUUGGGAAGACCAGGGAGAAUGAAGAUAACACGUCCCCAAAGCUGCGGGAGGCCGAGGUGAAGCUCAUCGACUACAAGAUCUGCAACAGCGACAAGGUGUACGAGGGCUACCUGACCCCCAGGAUGAUGUGUGCUGGGUACCUGCAGGGAGGCAAAGACGCCUGCCAGGGUGACAGCGGAGGGCCCCUGGUCUGCGAGGACAAUGGCCGCUGGUACGUGGCCGGGGUGACAAGCUGGGGAACAGGAUGUGGCCAGAAGAACAAGCCUGGAGUUUACACCCGGGUGACAAAGCUCCUCAGCUGGAUAUACAGCAAAAUGGAGAGCGAGAAUGACUAAAACCGGGAUGGACACUUGCCUGGGCUGUACCUCUCCAGCUGGCACAGGCCACUGCCCCGGGCUGCUGCCAGGGCACAAUGCUACCAGCCCAUCCCACACCUCUCUGGACUGUCCAUGCAGCCAGGGACCUGUCGCUGCCCCCGAACUCUGAAAACACGGCGCCUGUGAAGUGACUCUGCCCUCUCCUUGUGCCAGGGGGUGACCUGGUGGCAGCUGGGCACAGCACCCAGCCAGCCCCAGGGGGACACAGCCCAUGCUGGCAGCUGACUGUGCUGGCUGGGGGCACCUCCUCACCCCGUGUCUGUGGUUCUCCUGUAAAUAGACCUGUCUGGACGGGGUGUCACGAGUGCUUCCUGGCAGGACUGUGGCACCCUCGGCGGGCGAGGUGCCUGCAGUGGCAGUGGGGUGCCCACGUUGAGGGAACACUCCUCGUGCCAGAUCACAGCUGUGCCACCUUGGGGUGCGGGAUGGGGCAGCUGUGCCCACACUGCCCACACCUACGGCUUCCCCACGAAGGGGAGCCCCGAGGUGCAGUUAUUCCACCCUCCGGGAGGAGCGGCCGGUGCUCUCGUGUUUGUGGAUAGAUUUAGGAAGUGUCUAAUGUUCUGCCCUGUGAGAGAAAUACCUGUUUGUUUAUUUUUCCUUGCCGUGGAUCUGGUCUGAGCCAGAGCUCCCCUCAGGACCGCAGCCAGCCUCGGUCCCCACCCUGCUCUGGGGAGGACUUGGGAGCAGAGUGGGGCAGGUCUGAGCUCCGGGGGUGGCUGCAGGAGGUGUGACCAAAGCCAGCAGCAGCAGCCAAAGGCCAAGCUGGAGUGUGAUGCAGAGCAGCCACCUUCCCGGGCAGCACCCAGCGUGAGCCAGCCCUGGAUUCCCCUGCUGUGAGCUCAGUGGCCGUGCUGGAUUGCUGCCUCUGGCUCCCAGCAUGCAGGGAUGGCCCAGCCAGCCUCACCU